AUGUUUAUUCCAGAAGAAACUGAGCUGAAGAUACAGAUAGCCAGACCAGAACUAGGAAACGAGAGCUCAGCACUCAUGGAGAGUAAUGCAGCCAGGCAAAAAUGUGGCAAAGUAGCUGCAGGGGAAAAGCUUAGGAGCAAAGCGCAAGUCCCCUGCUUGAGUAAGGAGAACGCCACAAACGAGGAAAUCCUGCGCUCGCUGGAGUACGUUCGUCCUGGCAACGGCUACAAGCCCAACUUCACCUUGUUUGAAAAGUGCGAUGUGAACGGGAAGAACGCCCACCCGCUCUUCACCUUCUUGAAAGAGGCGCUGCCCUUCCCACACGAUGACCCCUCCUCACUGAUGACCAACCCGCAGUACAUCAUCUGGUCCCCCGUGUGCAGGAAUGACAUCUCCUGGAACUUUGAGAAGUUCCUCAUCGGCCCAGAUGGCAUUCCCUUCAAACGCUACAGCAGGCAUUUUGAAACCAUCAAGAUCCAGGAUGAUAUUGAAUUGCUUCUUCAGAAAGUUCCUAAGAACGUUCUUGGUUAAACCAGUGAUUUGCUGAGACCUGCCAGGCUUUGCUGACCUGUCAUCUCCAUUUCCUGCUUAGUUUGUUAGGCUUGUGCCUGCUUUUCUAGUGGAGGGCUGCUCAUUCUGGUGGUAAAAUUCUAAUGUCCUUGCAAGUUUUGCUCAUGAUGGUACAUAUUCCAAAUUCUUGAAGUGUACUUGAUGUUUUAAAAGUUGCAAGUGAAUGUUUGGAAAGCUACUCCAGGGAAAGCAGCUUUGAGUCUCUGAAUAAAAAAUGUGUACUUUC